GGGACUAGAACUUUCCGCGGCCGCGGGCGGACUCUCGCAUCAGCCCCGAGCCGCCAGCGCCCGCGACCAGCGCCCCCAGACCGCGGCAGACCGCCGACAUGACCCACUUCAACAAGGGGCCCUCCUACGGGCUCUCCGCCGAGGUCAAGAACAAGGUACGGGGGGCGGCGGCGCGGGGGGCGGCGGCGCGGGGCUCGCCGGGCUUUGUCUGCGCCGGGACGGUGGGGCAGGACGGGACGGGACGGGACAGGACGAGGCGCGAUGCGAUGCGGGGCUUCGCCACCUCCGGCUGCUGGCGGGGGUCCCGCCCGGCCGGUGGCGGCUCCCGCGCAGGGAUGCUCCCGCAGCCGGCCCGGGACAGCGCUGCCCUCCGCGGCCCCGCUCCGAAACUCGCCGCCGCGGCGGAGGCUGCAGAGCUGUCAGCGCCGGGCAGAUCCGCGUGUGGACCCGUGUUUCGCGCCGCCGCCGGGGCUGCACCUGCCCGUGCCGGCAGCCCCGGAACGGGGCAUCCCGCUUGUCCCUUGUCCUCCCGCCGGGACCGCGCGGGGCGCGGCGCUGGGGCGCGCAGCCGUUCCGGGGCCGUGCGGGGGCCGGUGCAGCGGAGCGGGGGGCAGCGGUGCCCGGCGCGGCUGGGCCGGGCUGGGCGGGGUGCAGAUUUACUGUUUAAGCAUUUCCCUCUUUUUCACCUCCCCAGGCUUAUAAAUAAGCUGCAGCCAGGAUCAGUGAAGAAAAUUAAUCAAUCAAAACUAAAUUGGCACCAGCUGGAGAACAUUGGGAAUUUUAUCAAAGCUAUCCAAAUCUACGGCAUGAAGCCACAUGAUAUUUUUGAAGCAAAUGAUCUUUUUGAAAAUGGAAAUAUGACUCAAGUACAGACCACUCUAGUGGCAUUAGCAGGUCUGGCAAAAACUAAAGGUUUUCAUACUACAAUUGAUAUCGGUGUCAAAUAUGCAGAGAAACAAGCACGAAGUUUUGAUGCAGGAAAACUAAAAGCUGGUCAAAGUGUAAUUGGCCUGCAGAUGGGCACCAACAAGUGUGCCAGUCAGGCAGGCAUGACUGCUUAUGGAACUAGAAGACAUCUCUAUGACCCAAAAAUGCAAACUGAUAAGCCAUUUGACCAGACGACGAUUAGCCUACAGAUGGGCACUAACAAAGGAGCCAGUCAGGCUGGUAUGCUGGCACCAGGUACCAGGAGAGACAUCUACGAUCAGAAGCACAUAUUGCAACCUGUGGAUAACUCAACUAUUUCAUUACAAAUGGGUACCAACAAAGUAGCUUCACAGAAGGGAAUGAGUGUGUAUGGGCUUGGACGGCAAGUGUAUGACCCCAAGUACUGUGCUGCACCAACAGAACCCGUCAUUCACAACGGCAGCCAAGGAACAGGAACUAAUGGGUCAGAAAUCAGCGAUAGUGAUUAUCAGGCAGAAUACCCAGAUGACUAUCACGGAGAGUACCAAGAUGACUAUCAAAGAGAUUACCAUGGCCAGUACAGUGACCAGGGCAUUGAUUAUUAGCUUUGCAUCAGAAGUUCAGUAUUAGUCCAUUAUUUUAUUCAGUAAGAACGAAACUAGCCUUGUGGAAUUGUUACUUGUCUUUACUACACACUACGCUUAAUGUACCUAAAGAAAUACUGCCUUACAUACAUUCCUUUUUCCUUUCUCUGCCCUUUCCCUGUCUAGUUGCCUUUAGUGCUGUAACAGUUGUAGUCUACAGCAUAAACAAUAACUGCAUAUGAAGUAAAAGGAAUACUGUGAAAGGGGGAGUGCUCUCGUACACCCAGGUUGUUUAAUAAGGAGCUAUGCAUUCUCACAGUCUCUACAUAAGUAGGUAUUUACAUACCAUGUUAAGCCUUCAUUUUACAUAUUUACAGCUUUUCUGUUUUCCAGAGGAGAUAAAAGAAUUUCAUGCUUAAAGUUACAUGUGGUCUUUGCCAAUUAAGUUUAAGAUAUCCCAUUAGUGAUUUAAAUAUCAUUGCUAUGUUUCUAAGGUAUUGUUUGCUAAUGGUAAGUCCUGCAUUAGACAUAAGCGUACAUUUGUGAUUGUGUAUUCAUUCCAUUAUCAACACUGACCAAACUUAGAAAUAGUUGUCUUACUAAAAAGGGAGCUUGUACAAAGUCUUGAGCCAACAAAAGUCUCAUGAUUGAUGGUGCAUUUACCUUUUAUUGUGCCAUAAUAUAUCCAUGUAGAAAUGCUUUUUUCUUCCUUGAACUGUAUUUAUUGCCACACUUCUCAAACUGAUCCCAGUGUAUUUUUAUAAAUAAAUAUUUUUUUCUUAAAGGUA